AUGCAGGGGUCGUUAGGUUCGUUGGUGACUUGCAGCCCCAUGGCGCAGACGUCUCGCUCGGGGGGCCUGCCUCCGCUCGCCGCCGCACCGCCCCUAUGGGCGCAGCCCGGGGGCUCCGGGAAGGGGCCAUGGGAAAGGAGGCGGGCGGGCGCUCGGUGCUGGGACGCUCGCGGCCCGCCGGGGUUGCAGGGGCCCGGGAGCACCUCCAGCCUAGACCCGGGGCCCGGCGGAGCUCCGGGAGGGCGCCCGUGGUGGGUCGCGGAGGCGCCGGGGGUUGCGGGUGAGCGCCACGAGGCGCACUGGCGGCUGGAGCCCGCAGCCCGAGGCCCGGUGCCUCCCGCGCUGCAGCGGCUCCGGGCUGUGCUGCUGCGGCUGCACCGCGAGCGGGAGCAGCUCCUCCGAGCGCGGCUCUGCGCCCGCCACCUGCAAGCCGCCCUGAGCCUGCUGCGGACCCCGAGCCACGAGCGGCUGCCUCAGCUCUGCCGAGACCUGUUGCCCCAGGCUCCCCGAGGGGAGGCGCUGCCGAUCGGCCCUCAGGAGUCUCCCGAGCCGCUGCUCCUGGCGCGCCCCGUCGGCCUGGCCUCCCAGAGCCUGGAUGCUGCCAUCGAGGCACAGCUCCGCGCCCUGGGCCGGGAGCCCGCCAGCCCCCGCCUAUCGUCCAGGCUCGCCGACCUGCUGGCCGCAUUGCCCGCCUACCACCAGCUGCAAGGGAAAGUCUUGAGCCACGUCCCAGGAGCUGCCCGUCCCUUCCCGCCCGCGCGUGUGCUCAGCCUCCUGGCAGGGGAGCGGGGUGGCCAGGCGGCGGGUCUGUUGGAUGAGGCGCUCCAGGGACCUGGCUUGCGGGAUCGGAUCCACAGGCAGUGUCAGGAGGAGCGCGAGCUGUUGCCUGGACUCCUGGGCCUGAUAGGGAGUGUGGCAGGUCCAGCCAGCAGCGGACUGGGGCUCGGAGGGGCUGGAGCCCUAUGGAGCCAGUACUGGACCCUGCUGUGGGCAUCCUGUUCUGAAAAUCUGGAGCGCAGCCUGGGACCCUGGAGGGACACCAGGGCAGUGACACAGCAGCUGAAUCAGGCAUUGAGCCAGGCAGCUCUGCCUCAGGAAUGUGAGAAGGAGCUGGCUUCCUUGUGUCGAAGACUACUUCACCAGUCCUUUAUUUGGAGCUGGGACCAAGGCUUCUGCCAGGCCUUGGGAUCCACAGGUGAUCACAGAAUCCUUCCCUCAUCCUCUCACACCUCUGAACUUUUGCAACAGCUCUUUCCUCCUCUCUUGGAUGCCAUUCGUGAAGACAGUUCAGGGACGAUGCUCUGUCAUCCUCAAGGUCCUUCAUCUCUUGCUCUCGGGCUCUGUACCCUACAGACCACUUUGCUCUGGCUUGGGGGCAGAGCACAGCAGCUUCUAGCAGCAUGGGCCCCAGGUUCCUUCCUGUUCCUGAUCCAGAAGGACUUACCUUCUCUACUGCAUGAAGCACAAGCCCUGUCUAGCCUGGUCUCAGAGGAGAACUUGGUCCUGGAAGGGGAGCAGCAGUUGUGCCUGGAGAUCCAGAGGCUGACCACACAGAUGCAGCUCCUGUCUGAAGAGUCUCUAAAUCUCUUCUUUCAAGAAUGUUAUAAACAAGCCACACAGGGCUUUGAAAAGUAUAUGCCAAGGGGUCGGUACUGGCGCCAUCAUCUUUGUCCUGAACUACCCAGUGUUCGAAGUGAGUAUGCAGGCUUGGUGGUCCGCACUGUACUGGAGCCUGUGUUGCAAGGAUUGCAGGAACUGCCAACCCAAGCCCAGGUCCCUGCCCUUGGCCAGGCUCUGACAGCUGUCUUGGGUGCCUGGCUUGAUAACAUUCUCACCCAUGGGAUCCGGUUCAGCCUGCAGGGAGCACUGCAGCUCAGACAAGAUUUUGGAGUGGUCCAGGAGUUGCUGGAGGAGGAGCAGUGGGGCCUUUCUCCAGAACUUCGCCAGACUUUGCUCAUGCUCAGCAUCUUCCAGCGACUGGAUGGGGCCCUACUGUGUCUAUUGCAGCAGCCUCUGCCCAAGACACGAGUGCACAGAAGGCCUCCUUGCUGCUGUACUUGUAAUGAAGUUCAGGCUACAGAAUUGUCCGGCAACAUUCUCAACAGCCUGGAGAGUUUGGAGCCCCCUCUUCGUCCUCGAGCACCUCCAGCUCAGACAGCUCAGCUGUUAAGCACACUGUGGGGAGGACCUAAUCCAGAUACUUACCUGGUGGGAAAUCAGCAGGCCUGGCUUGCCUUGAGACAGCACCAGCCCCCUCGUUGGCAUUUGCCUUUUCUUUUCUGCCUGGGACUCAGUCCUGAACCCUAAGAAGCUUGAGCAGAGCU